UUGUGUUUAGCCGGUUUGUCCUGCUCGGCGCAACAGCGCUGUGAGUGAGUCUGUCUGGUGAAAAUGGCGUCGGUGGAAGACUUAUCGGACAGUGAGCUGCGGAAAAAGUUGAUUGAACAUGGAUUCGAAGCGCCCCCUGUCACGGGCACAACCCGUAAGCUUAUGGAGAAGAAGCUGAUGGCGUUGAUGUCAUCGAAAGGCAAGCCCAGCAAAACCGCCUCCCCCGCCCCGAAAGUGAACCGUACCCUAUCCCGCUUCAGCUCCGCCGAGGAGGACAGCGACGAUGCUCUGUCCAAUGCUCGUCGUAAAAGUAUGCCGGCCCCUCAGGCCGUCAAGAGGAAGUCCAUGGGGCGGUCCGCGAGGGCCGCGGAGGCCGCGGCGAGGGAGGCUCAGGUGGCGGAUAACCUCCUCAUGCCCAGCCCGCCGCCCCCGGCCGCGGCCGCGACCCAACCGGCCAGGGGCAGGUACUCAAUGAAUGAGGCGGCCCUCAGGAAGAAUGCCAUCCCCCUGUCAGCCGCCCUGCCGACACCCCCUCGCAACACGCGCAAGUCCAUCGCAACGUCGUCCCCGCUCAGGCCAUCCCUGAGGCACCCCGUUGGCAAUGGGUUCGACUCUGGGUCCGACUCGGACGUGCCCGUCCCUUCCAUCAGUAGUGUGAGGUUAAGUACCAGUCCUCGCAAAUCACCCCUCCAGGAUGAUAGUCAGGACGACGAGGAAGAGGAUGACGAUGACAAGCCCAUUGCAACACUGCUGUCCAACCUCUCCGACAGAUUUUUGCCAAACAGUGGAACAGCAAGACUGAGCUCUCCAGAAUUUAGUAAUGUCAAGCAUCGCAUGAAUAUUGGAAAAGAUUCAAGCCCAGAUGUCACAGAUGCACCAUUCCUAUCUGCAUUUGCCCGUCGGUUGUCUCAGCUAAAAGCACAACCUAUUGGCUCCCCAUUCAAUGGUGAUUCAUACGACAAUGUAAAAGAGUCUGACGCAAGUAGCGAUGAUAGUGUGUCUGCAUCCACUCCACCAAAUGGUCAUUAUUAUAGGCGCAGUUUGGCAGGGCCAACUAGGGUACCAAUGAGAAGAAUCGAUCCUUCAAGAUCAUUCAAAACAUCUGAAGAAACAGUAAGCUUCUGGAAUAACUCUCAUGUGAUGUCAUCUGUAAUUAUUGGCUGCUUUGUGCUCUGUGCCAUUGUUCUGGUUACACUGUAUGUAAAUGUGGCAUCUAAAGAAUCCGCUAAUAAUCUAAUAGAAGAAAGCUCUGUUGGAAAUGUCUACAAUAUUUGCAAGGAAUCUCCUGGUGAUGAUGUUCCUGGUGUUACUUGUGUAACAAAAAGUGGUGUUGCACCAGCAAUGAAAAUUUUUGAAAAUGUUUUCCUUGAUUUAAUGAGCCAAGCUGUGAAGUCAGAAUGUGGUCCAUCCCUUCAUGAUGGAUCAUAUCCAGCACCUUACCUCACUGAGCGUGAAACUGUUCAGGCAGUUGUAGAGCAUCAAGGAUUGAGCAUCUGGGAAGCUGAAGAACAAGUUGCCAAUCUGAUAGUACUUCUAUCUUCCAAUCCUCAUUGGGGAGUUUCAGUCCUGGAUAACGUUGUAAGACAUCCAGAUAAAACUAAGCUGCAAGUCUCAAGUCCUAAAAUUCCCUGGAAAUGUAUUCUAAAGAAUAAGUUGUUUUCAUUACUGAGUUCAGGCUUGUUUAUCAUGUGCGGUUUUUUUGCUCUUUAUGGAGUAUGGCGUGGGGUUCAAUGGUGGAUGUGUGCUCGUCGAAAGCAACAGCAAGACGUUUACCACUAUGUUGAGAGAAUCAUUGAAUACCUAUCAAGCCAACAUCAAAACACAGGCGAAAGUGCUUAUGUUCCUGUAAUUCAUGUCCGUGAUCAGCUAAUCCCCCCUCAGAGUCGUGAAAAGUUAAAAUCUAUUUGGGAUGCUGCUGUUGCCUUCAUUGAUAAGAAAGAGUCACGUGUUCGAGAAGAAAUUCAGCCUGUUAAUGGCGAGGACUAUAAAGUGUGGCGUUGGCUUCCUCCCAAGCUGAACUCCUCAGUUGCAAGCUCGUCAGCAGGGUCUCCUUCAACGAGUCCUCAGCCUAGACAUCGUCAGGUUUGGCAAGGUAAAGCUUUCGGACUCACAGACAAAAGUGUUAAUAGUUUGGCCAAUCCUCCUACUCCUUGCCUGAAGAUUCGUCACAUGUUUGACCCUGACAUGGAAAGUGGGGAGAAUUGGCAACUUCAAGUACAAGAUGCAAUCCUUGAAAAGUGCUUGAAUGCAAAAAUUCUACACAUUCAUGUUGAUAAAUCAUCCAAAGAGGGGUGUGUUUAUGUGAAAUGUGCAUCUGAUGAUGAUGCUGGAAAAGCUUAUCAAGCUCUACAUGGAUCUUGGUUUGACAGUCAAUUGGUUACUGUCAAAUAUCUGAGGCUGGAACGCUACCACGAGCGCUUUCCAAAUGCUGCCAAGGCUAAAGAUCCAAUGCGGCCAUCAAACAACUUGCGGCUUUCCUUGCAGGCAGCUGAUGAUGACUAGAUGUAACUCAGCUUGAUGAACUUGGGGCAUAUCUUUCUUGUUCCAUAAAAUGAUUUAUUCUUGAUUCUAAUUUAUGUUCUACCUACUUACUACCUGUGAAGCACAAUAAACAAGUCAUAAUUGCAAUGUAGGAAAGUGCUGCAAAUUUUAUCAAAGUUAUUGUAGUUGUUAAAGAACUGCAAUUUUAAUUUGCUCUUCUUUGUAAUUGUACAGUAUGAGCAUUUGUGUGGUAUUUGCACUUUUUGCAGGGUACUUAGCUUGUAUUUUCUUAAAGUCAUAACUUUGGUAAACUCCUUAAUUUAUAAGGUUUCUUAUUUCAUUAAGCUUUUAAAAUUCAAUAAUAAAUUAAAUCGUUAGGCAUCUUUCAUGAUAGUUUGCCACUUCAUUAUUAAAAUGUUCCUGUGAUAGCUUUUUAAAGUUAGUGCAUAGGUAUUUGGAAUUGUAGAUUGUGGUAAUUUUUAUCUUUCAUGAAUAGCUUUGCUUUGAAUUUGUCUGACAUAUCCUACUACUUGUCCUUAAGUUUUCUGAAAAGUUUAGAGCCAUACAGUAUGUAGUAGUCUGGUUUGAGUUUUGUUAAGGUCAGAUUGAAGUUAAUCUUUUUUAUUCUAUUUCAUGUAAUAAACCUAGACCGAAACACCAUAGUCAUGAGGAGGCUACCAUAGAAAUCAGCAUUGAUUAGGACCUUGUUGUGCAAAUAUCUAACAUUAGCUGUGGUGUUCAUUGUGCCUUGUUUUAUGUUUUGUCAUAGUGUGUUGUACUUGAUGUAAUGUAAGAAUAGACUUAAGCCCAGGUUAUAUAGCCUAGCUUUUGGAUCUAUGUCUCCUGUAUUAUCUAUCUGUACAUUUGUUACUUCAGUUUCAUUUAUGUGUUAAAAGAAGCAUGGCAUUGUUAACUUCUUAAUUUGACCCAUGGCUGGAUUUCUCUUUGCCUCGUUAUUUUAUAUAAUAAUCUGUCACAUUUUCAUUUUAAGGUUUUUAUUUUUAUCUUCAUCAAAACUGUACUUAGAAAUCAUUCUUUGUUCUUCUGUUUGAUUUUUCCAAUUGGAAAUUGUUUGACUGUUUUUCCUAAUUUAGUCUUAAGACUGAAAGAACUUUGUUUUUAAAACUCAUUCUGACUUCACUUUUGAUUCCUUGUUUAAAUAAAAUCCAUUUUCUGAGCCAGUUAAA